GGCAGGGGCCGUCUCAUGGGGAGCGGGUUCGUGGAGACGGACAACAACAUGGCCGAAGAACAUGGCGAUACACUCUCAGAACCAAACUUGGAAGGACAAAUACAGAUGUCAGAAAACCCUCAUGCAGAAUAUGGUCUCACAGAGAACGUGCAGAGGAUAGUUGAGAAUGAAAAACUGAAUGCGGAGAAAACAUCAAAGCAGAAAGUGGAUCUGCAGUCCCUUCCAACUCGGGCAUAUCUGGAUCAAACUGUCGUGCCCAUUCUUUUACAAGGUCUAUCGGUUCUGGCAAAAGAAAGACCUCCUAAUCCAAUUGAAUUCUUGGCUGCCUACCUUCUGAAGAACAAGACACAAUUUGAAGAGAGAAAUUAGCUUGUACAGAACUACGGGUUUGGACCACUCCCAUACUGUUGAGGGCAGAAGUGACUCGGAGUUUGGAUAUCACAGUUUGUAUAAACGAAUUUUAAAGUAAAAUGAGCCAGUGUGGAAGACCAGGAUAUUUAUGGAAUGGCUCGGUGUCUAUAUAUUGUAACUGCAGGGUUUGCCCAUUUAAUGUAAUUUAUGUAAACAUUGAUUCUAAAUAAAGCAACUGUUUUUACAUGUA